CUCUUCUAAAAUCCCAACACUAUUUCUAGCUUCAGAGGCUGAUUAACACUGGACACCUGCCUCUUCAAGUUCUGUAGGCUGUUGGUCUAUAUAAGCAGCCCGCAGUCCUGGACGGAAAUGAGAUUGAACUUGUUGAUGGGGGAAUUCUCAACACAUUUGGAAACUUCACUUUGAAGCAAAGAGCACUGACGGAGGAGGGUGAGCAAGUCCCUAGGCAAGUAGGGAUCAACAUUAAUCAGAAAUGGAUUUUUUUUCAUUGAAUGGUUCCAUUGGAAAUAAUACAGAGUAUUAUGAAGACCCUUCUUCCUUGUUUGACAUGCCUGUCUUAGUGCCAGUGACAAUUAUUUGCAUCCUCUUGUUCUUCUUGGGCGUCACUGGGAACAUGACCAUUAUAUUAAUUUUUAAGCGAUACAAGGAAAUGCAGACAACGGUUAAUAUGUAUUUAUCCAGCAUGGCGUUGUCUGACAGUCUGAUCUUCCUUGGCUUGCCUUCUGAUUUGUAUAGAAUCUGGAAGUAUAAGCCAUACAUCUUUGGCAAUUUCCUCUGUAAGUUUAAUGUCUACCUCAACGAAACCUGCACUUACUGCACCAUACUCCACAUAACCACCUUGAGUGUCGAGAGAUAUUUUGCAAUCUGCUUCCCUUUGAAAGCCAAAGCAACCAUCACUAAAAGGCGGGUCAAAGUCAUUAUUCUCCUGAUAUGGGUUUGCUCUGCUGUGACUGCCAUCCCAAUCCUGUUUCUCUUCGGCGUAGAACACCGCAACGGAAGCCUCCCAGAGGAAACCAAUGAAUGCAAAUACAUCGAGCAAGCAGCCCGUUCAGGACUUCUAGAAACAAUGGCAUGGCUCUCCACCCUGUAUUUUUUCCUACCUGUCGUUUGCUUAGUUCUCCUCUAUGGGCUGAUCUGUCGAAAGCUCUGGAGAACUGCACAGAACCUGGAGGGGCACCAUGCUGCAACGAGGGAGAGGCACCACCAACAAACUGUGAAAAUGCUAGCAGUCGUGGUCGUGGCCUUUGUGCUCUGCUGGCUUCCCUUACACGUCGGCCGAAUCCUCUUCGCCCAGGGAAGCACAGUCCUCUAUGAGAUAAGCCAGUACUUCAACCUCAUCUCAAUGCUGCUGUUUUACUUUGGAGCCUCUGUGAAUCCAAUCCUUUACAACAUCAUGUCACAAAAGUACAGAAAAGCUGUGUGCAAGUUUCUGAACCAUAACCAGGCUUGGCAGCAAAGGAACUUAAGCAGGAGUGGCAAGACUUCUGUUGAAGGUGUGGAAACCAGUUCUUUCCUGUAAAAUAAUUUUGAAAUACGCUAGUAAGUACUUUGCUUGCAAGAUCUCCCCCAACCACCCACAUCCCUUCCCUCCGCUCCCAU